AUGAUCACAAAAGUAUUGCUGAUAUUAGUUGUUUGCCCGAGUAAUAAUGAAUUUCAUAAUUCAAGUGUUAAUACUAACAGAUAUAGACAUCUUAUAUUCUUUUUUAUUCCAUUUUUUUCCUAA